AUGAAUUCACUUUCGAGGUACCAGACAAUAAAGAGCAGUGCUUUUAUGAAGACAUAGACCUAAACCAGGAAGUCGAAGUCGAGUUCCAGGUCCUUGUUGGUGGAAAAAACGAUAUAGACAUGGUUAUUCACGGUCCUGGACAGACACUCAUUCAAACAUAUAGAAGGAAGCAACAGGAAACCUACAAAUUUAAAACAGUUGAUCGAGGGCAAUACGUAUUCUGCUUCAACAAUGAGUUUUCAUCCUUCACCCACAAAGUCGUCUAUUUCUACUUAGGAAUUGGCGAAGAAGAGUCGUUAACGGAAGAAAUGUCCGUCAAAGCAACUGCCUUGACACAAAUUGAGUCCUCCUGUGUGUCGAUACAUGAGUCCAUGAAUGCAGCCAAGGAUUAUCAGACAGACUAUCGACUAAGGGAGUAUAGAGGACGCACUUUGGCCGAAAUGCUGAAUGAGCGAGUGCAAGUCUGGUCCGUUGGUGAAUGUAUAGCUCUAGUGGUGCUAUCUCUAAUGCAAGUGCUGAUCGUCCGAUCAUUCUUCAGAGGGAAACCAAACCGAGCACCUCCUAGAUUCUAAGCACCACCGCCAAGCAACUUCCUUAGACCAGGACACCCAAACGGAACUAAACAACAAUUAACGAAAGUCAUGUCUCCUGAAAAUCACCGCGAAGCCAACUCGAUUGAAACAACAAAGACAAAAUGCAAAAAAAAUAGAUAAUCAAUUAGCUUCGGUGUUGAGGUAGCUUCACCUCAAAAUUAAGCUACAUUUCAAACGGGCAACAAUGAUGCGCACGUGCUUUUAUUGUUUAUCUGGGAGUUCAGUCAGAUAAAUCUUCGAUCAUCAAUAGAUCAAUUAUAUAAAUUACUAUCAAGCAGACAAACGCAAGACAAAAUUUUCUUGAAAAAAGUAACCUGCUCGCUACAUGAAAGUUUCUUUCAAUCAACUUUUUUGUCGGAUUGGGAUUAAGUUUGUCUGCUUGAAAACUGCAGUUUUUUUCCAAUUUCAUUCGGUUUCAACAUCUCAUCUUGAAGCGUAUUUCCAUUUAGUAUUGUUUACUUAAUUAUUUCCUCAUUUCGUUUUCCGCUAGCUCUUUAUACUUCGUGUUAAUAGGGGCUUACUGCAAUACAAUGUUGUCGUUGCUUUAUCAAUGAAACUUUUAUAUGUACAAAUAUACAGCUAAAAUUUCAAAUUAUUGUAUAAAAUGCGCUAAAUAUUAAUGGUUUUCUGAAAUCGAAUUGAUGUUAAACGAAGGUA